AUGGAAACCGAUGGAACCUUACCAAUAUCACCGGCAUAUGGAGACGACGAUGUAUUCGAUGAAACUUUGUCAGAGGCAAAUAGCGAAGACGCUCCAUUGGAACCAAGGUUUAAAUACGAACGAAUGGAUGGAACUGCUGCAAAACAAUUGUAUAACAAUGAAUUAUUCUCGGCCGUAGAUGUACAUGAAAAAUUUAUUGCUAUUGGAACACAAUCUGGCAAAAUCUACGUAAUGGAUCAUCAAGGAUUCGCUGAUUUCGAAAAUGUUCCGAUUAUGAAACCUCAUCGCUGUCCAGUUUCGAAACUGAAGAUUGAUAAAACUGGAUCAUACAUCAUCAGCUGCGCAAAUGAUGGAAAAGUAGUUAUCUCUGGAAUCGGAUCAAGUGGUCUGUGUUGUACAAUCAAUAUCAAUUAUAUGCCACGAUCAAUAGCAAUUGAGCCCGAUUUUGUCAGAAGUCAAUACCACAGUUUUAUAUUAGGAGAAAGGCGAUUAGUUCUAUAUGAAAAGAAAUUGUUUUAUAAAACGACAAACGUUUUUUCUGGGGCUGAACGUGAUGGCUUUAUUACUUGUUGCUCUUGGGAGAACGAUUAUAUUGCGUUUACCAACGACAUGGGCACACAAAUUUACGAUAGGAAAACGUUAAAACAUCUCACUAGUGUUCAGCCUUCACAUGAUAUUGAUCGAGUGCGUUCCGCACGUUCUCCUCCAAGACACGCAUGGCUUCCGAAUAAGAUGCUCCUUGUCGGAUGGGCUGAUACGAUUACAACACUUAAAAUUGUUAUUACUGAAACGGGCGAUCGACGAGGCGAAGUUCACAACUGCUUCCAUGUGCCGUUGUUUGUAUCAGGAGUGACAUAUACACAUAAUCGUUCGACAAGUGUCUUUGAAAUUUUCAUCACGGGUUUGGAAAUCGCUGGAGAUGAACUCGACGAUGCAGCGUCGGUGUAUUCUGCAUGCACAACACUCACAGCAUUAGAAAGUAAUGUCUCAACUGUUUUAAAAACAAUAGUUCUUCGGCCAUUAGGAUACAAAGAAUAUGAAUUGCAGUCUGAAGACACCCUAGAUAACAUUUCAUUGCCAAAUGCUUUGCCGUGUAAUGUGCAUAUGGCAGGAAUUCCUUCGCUGCACGCUUAUUUUCUCAUAACCUUGAGGGAUAUCAUCGUCGUUGCACCAUAUGGAGCAAUCGAUGGUGUAAGAUGGCGGCUGAAAUAUCAUUUAUGGGAUCAAGCUCUUGAAAUGGCGCGGCAGAACCCAAAAGAAUUGGAAUCGACAGAUUUCAGUGUCAAAUUGGUUGGAAGAAAAGUUGUUGAAGGAUUUUUGAAGAGUGAUCGGCCAAAAGCUGCUGCAGCACGUUUACCUUUGGUGUGCGGUGAGUCGAAAGAAGAAUGGCAAUGGGCUGUCAACUUAUUUGAAACAAUGAGAUUAUGCACUCUUCUUGCCGAAGUUCUACCAACCGUAUCUCCGCAACUUGAGCCGGAAAACUAUGAAUGCGUUCUCCAGUCCGCUUUGUAUAACGAUGUAAAACUAUUUCGCAAAUUGAUUCAAACAUGGAACCCUGAUUUAUACCGAACAGGGUAUAUCAUUGUGAGAACACAAUAUCGAAUCAAGGAAGUAUCAGAACUUGAAGAUAAAGGGGCCGAAGACGAAAGAAUAUUAAUGGAAAGUCUGGCUUAUUUGUAUUUAUACGUGAGAAAAUAUGAAAAUGCCUUGAAAAUCUAUAUUUCUUGCCGAGAUAGUCAAAUUUUCCCAGUCAUCGAAAAGUAUCAACUGUUUGAUUUGGUUAAAGAUCAAAUAUCCGAUUUGAUGGCAAUUAAUUCUGAUCUAGCAUUGCGACUUCUUCUUGACAACGCUGACAGUGUUCCGGCUGCGUUUGUCAUGGAUAAAAUUGCGAGACAGCCAAAACUUCAAAUGGCUUAUCUUUCUAAGUUGAUUGCUCGUAAUGAAGGAAAUGAAUAUGCUGAUAAAAUUGUUCAACUUUAUGCGGAAUACGAUCGCAAAAAGCUGCUACCAUUCUUCAAACGAAAUGAGCAUUAUCAUCUGAACAAAGCCUUAAAAGUAUGCCAAUCGAAGAACUAUGUCGAAGAAACGAUUUACCUGUUGGCUCGCGGUGGAAAUCAAUUCGAUGCCGUACAACUUAUGGUUAAAUCUUAUGAUAGUAUAGACAAAGUAAUUGACUAUUGUAAAGAUCAGGAUGAUAAGGAUUUGUGGCUUCAUAUGGUGAAAGUUGUUGUGGAAACGCCUGCCCACGUUGGCUUCUUAUCGAAGCUGCUUGUUGAAGCAUCAUCUUGCUUAGAUCCAAUUAUAGUUCUUGAAAAAAUGCCAGUUGAUACUGAUACUCCUGGAAUUGGGGAUGCACUUUCAAAAGUACUUCUGGAUGUCUCCAAUCAGCUAGAAAUCCGUGAAGGAUGCUAUCUUUCAAUGCUUUCUGACUCAGAAAUUCUCAUCAAAGGCUUUCUCGAUGUUGCGAAUAGCGCAGUGUUUGUGACGCAAAAGACUGCGUGCUCAUGCUGCGGAAUGGAAGUGAAUAACGCCGAGCAAAAACGUGGAGGAAAGUAUCAUGUAUACGCCUGUGGACACACGGCGCACACAGAUUGCUGUGAAGAGGUUCAACGACGACAUUUGAACGACGAAGGAGGAUGCAUUACCUGUGCCGAUCGACCAAUUGAAUAA